AAGUUUCUUGGCCGAGUGUCAGAGGGAAAUGGGGAGGAGUCGGACACGGUCGGUUCAGCUCAGGGCAGACUGAAGGACAAACAAGCAGAAAGGAGCAUUUGCCAAAUGUUAAGCGGUUAGUAAAACUACAGAAGAGAAGACUACUUGAAAAAAUGUCGUUGUCUCCCGCUGUAUUUGCUGCCCGCCGGGUGCUUGCUGCUGCGUCACACGCAAGCCAUGAGGGAGGAGCAAGAACCUGGAAGAUCCUGACAAUCGUUCUUGCCAUCCCAGGCGUUGGUGUCUGUAUGGCCAAUGCCUACAUGAAGGCACAGGCCCAUUCCCAUGACCACCCUGAGUUUGUGCCAUAUUCACACCUGCGUAUCCGCACCAAGAGAUUCCCCUGGGGUGACGGAAACCAUACUUUGUUCCACAACCCUCACACCAACGCUCUUCCCGACGGCUACGAGGGCUCUGAUCACUGAGACGAUUGCUCUUCAUUUCACCUGCAUGCCUCAAACUACAGUACAGCCUGCUUUAAAUAUGCCAACCAAAGGGAUACCUGGACUCCCAUCAGCAAAAGCAGCAGUAAUAAAACAUCUUCAUGCUAGAUUUAAA